CGUAACAAGCGAAAUGGUGUCGUAACUGCUUUUUGCUUCUUGCAAUCCGCACUACCCAUACUCUAGUCAUAGGCGAAUCAAUAUCGGCCAAGGGGCAGUAAUCAAAUCGAUACACACUGAAGUUUCUUCCCGAAAAUGAGAGUCGGUGAAGACGAAAUACCCAGCUUGGAGUACAUCGAGGAUCCGUACCUUCCAAAACUGGACAGCUGCAUUACGCCUUCCCUGGAUGAUGUCGCCGAAUAUAAUCCGGACGAGUUGGGGGACGAGCAGAAUUGGCCUGAGGAAACCGAACUUUAUCUACGUUCGCUGACGCUGGAUCAGAUCCUAGGGCUGUCCUCCGACGAGGACGCCGAUCCUGAACUGGAAAUGCAAACAGUGGAAACGGAAUUCAACCCGCCUCUUCCGACAGAUUUUUCUGUCCCGUGUCAAUCGACUGGAGCUAGAAAAAUUGUGGAACGGAUUCUGGCACACAAACUGCUAAAUGGCAGCUCCAGUAGGUUUAAGCUGUUUAACAGAAAACGGAUACGGGAUGUGAGAGUAACUUUUAUAGACUUCUCGAAACCAUACCUCGCUCGGAUCUCCAGUGGAGACAACUACAAAAGUUUCCUCAACAUUGGGAGUGCCGUAGACAAUUCUGGCAAAUUGUCCGAUGCAUCUCCCGUCGGUUCGGUGAGCUCAGCCGAGAUCGCCCAGGAGUUCUCCGGCUUGACGUUGGAAGAACAGGAAGCUCAACGAGCCGAAUGGAGUCAGGAACUCGCCCGGGUAGAGGAAGAAAUCACUACUCUACGCACCGUUCUGCAAUCCAAGAUGCGACUGGCAGGUGAACUGAAGCGUAAGCUGGGUAUCACUAUGUGGAAAGAAAUCAGCGACGACGUUAGCCAAGGGCUGAAAAAUGUCAAGGAAAGCACUGUUUAUCACACUGUUGAGUCCAAGGUCGGCGAAAUUACAACGGCAGUUACGAGUGCUCCGAUCUAUCAGAAAACCGAAACAGCAAUUAAGACAACAGCCGGUAAAACUACGUCUGUACUGGGAGGCAUCACAAGCAAGAUGACACAGAAAAUCUCGGAAAUGAAACAGUCGGACUCCUUCCGAUCGUUUGAGGAAAGAGUGGGAUCGGCUUACGAGAAUGUUAGGUCCAAGGUGUCAUCGCGGUCCAGCUCGGUUCAGAGUCUGUCGGAUCUGCAGAAUGACGAGCGCCGCAGCUCGAUUACGACACCAACGGCCAUUCCGGAGGAGAAGAUUGUUCCUUAAUAACCCACAUUAAUCUGUUCGGAUUGCCCGCCACAGACCGGGUGCAGAGUAAGCACUUGAUGAUAUGAAAGUUUUUCUCUGGGCUGCAAGUUUUAUAGGGAUUAUAAUUGAACCUAGGAAAUAGAAGAACGGAUGCAAACUGUUAAAAAAUUAUAUAUACUGUAGACAUGCUAUAACUGUUUGUGAGAUCAAUAAAUCAUGCAAUCAAAAGAUAUUUUUUCCGCAGGUGUCAAGCUGCAGCUGCACCACUUUCUUUAGUAUUGUCUGGCUAGUUAGAUGUAGUAUAUAUAAAUCUACGCGAAAAGGAAACCCUUUUUCGACACGAAUAUACUAAUGAGAACCAUUCGUUUGAUCCGCCCACAUGCUAAUAGAGUCCACUUCACAUCGGUAUCACUGGACAGCAGAGAGAACAAGAGGUUACUUUCCACUUUAAUGUAACAUCUAACAUUACAAUAAAACUUAAUGUGCCUAACUGUAGUGGUUUUUCUUUUCAACCAUAGAAUAACUAUUUUGAAUAGCACCCUUUAAGCAUUAGCAGCCCGGUAGUUUGUAGGUACUUAACAUGAUCAUGAUUCAAACCGUGAAAAUAACUUUGUGAUGUGUAAUUGCCAACUUUCCUCAGAAAACCUCAUUCAUCCUUUUUCUGAAUACGGACUCCUCUGAACAGAACGUUUAUCUAUUUUUUCUCUCAUGCUAUGUCAUUAGGCUAUACACUAUUUAAUACGAUUUAGGCUUAACAACAACAAAAAUAACACUUGUAGCAUCGAACAGAGACAUUUAACAAAGGAAUAAAGAUAUGAUGUACGUGCUUGUGUAUCAGUUCUAUUUGGGCAAAAUAUGAACGAGAUACGGUACUAUGGACAGUAUUGUGGAACACAGAACUUAUAAAAUAAAAUUUGUGCUCAUGAUUAAAUCAGACAGACAAACGUCGUCCUAUUGCAUCAAUAAAUUCUUUACAAGGAGACA